AGUGGCACCUGAUUUCUAUCAUUUGGGCUUCGGCAUCGCAUGUGUCCAAUUUCCUGAAUUAUCUAAAUUCACCCUGUGCCCUCCCUCUGCUGUCCUUUGCUUUCUUUGUUGCUUCUAUUUUGUUUUGCUUUUUUGCUUCCUUGUGUCAAAAAAAAAAAAAAGAUUCAAUUGUUCUGUUUAAGGAGAAAAUGACCAAAAUCGACUUCAGAUGUCCCAGGUUAGUACUCGGAGCGCAAUAGUAAACAUUCUACUUGGGUACCCUGCAUGUGCAGAAAAUUCUGCAAAACGCGUCAUCACACCGCGCUUCCAUCUAUGAGAACGUAGAUCCUUUGUAGGCCUACCAUAAUAAGACUCAGCUGUUUCCAGUUUCCAAAUUUCUCUCCAAUCCUCUACGGAUAGCCUGAAAUGGAUCCGGUCCUACUCAUUACGGGGCUUUCGGUUUUGCUGGGUGCUCUCAUCGCCCUCGCUUUCUUCAGGAGUUAUUUUUCGCAACGGAAAUCCGAUAUUCGAACCAUCGCCAAUCCGGAGCCUCUGUCAGACCCCAAGAAGAACUCCAAGCCGGCUCAACAAUUCUCCAAGAAGUCCCAAGCCAAAUCACAUUCCCACUCUUCUGAUAAGGAUCAUGCCAAGCGACAUCAUCCAUUGGAUUUGAAUACUUUGAAAGGCCACGGUGAUGCUGUAACAGGCAUAUGCUUCUCCUCAGAUGGACGAAGUUUGGCCACAGCUUGUGCUGAUGGAGUUGUGAGGUAUUUAAGUUGGAUGAGCAUUAAGCAAAAUUUAUGCAGGUUUAUGAGAAUAAAUUUGCCUGCUGGAGGUCAACCAACUGCAAUUGCGUUUUCUGAUGAUGUGUCCUCAAUUGUUGUAGCAACUCAUAAUCUCUCUACUAGUUCAUUAUACAUGUAUGGAGAACAGAACCCUAAAACUUUGGAAAAUAAGCCACAAGCUAAGCUUCCUCUCCCAGAAAUUAAGUGGGAACAUCACAAAGUUCAUGACCAAAAGGCUAUACUGACUCUGUUUGGAACCACUGCAAGUCAUGGAAGUGCUGAUGGGAGUACACUUGUUGUUUCUUGUUCAGAAGGGACUGACAUCAUUCUUUGGCAUGGAAAAUCUGGGAAGAAUUUAGGCCAUGUGGAUACAAAUCAAUUGAAAAAUACCAUGGCAGCUAUAUCAUCUAAUGGGCGUUUUAUUGCAGCAGCAGCAUUUACUGCAGAUGUUAAAGUCUGGGAGAUUGUGUAUGCAAAGGAUGGAUCAGUCAAGGAAGUUUCAAAAGUUAUGCAGCUUAAGGGGCAUAAGAGUGCAGUAACUUGGUUAUGCUUCACCCCAAAUUCAGAGCAAAUGAUCACAGCAUCCAAGGAUGGGACCAUAAGAAUAUGGAAUAUCAAUGUACGCUAUCAUCUUGAUGAGGAUCCAAAGACUUUGAAGGUGUUCCCAAUUCCUCUUCAUGAUUCAAAUGGCAUGGUUUUGCCCUACGACCGCCUUAGUAUUUCCCCUGAUGGAAAGAUUUUGGCUGUUACGCAUGGUACCACAUUGCAAUGGUUAUCUGUUGAGACUGGAGUGGUUUUGGAUACAGGAAAAGCCCAUGAUGGUGACAUAACAUGCAUUUCAUGGGCACCUAAAACUAUUCCAAUGGGAAAUGAUCAAGUGUUGGUUUUAGCCACAGCCAGUUCUGACAAGAAAGUUAAGUUAUGGGCAUCUCCAUCGCUCCAUUCUUCCUGAACUAUCAUUUCAGCACGCAACAAAUCUCUCUAGCUGGAGCUUGUGUGAGUACCAUCUUACCUUUAAUUGCAAGAAGGAUCCUUGAGAAGUUCUCAGCUUCUGUGUUUAUUCUCAUUUUACAACUAAUGAAGCCUGCAUACUUAUUCAUCCUCUAAAGUAAAUGAGAAAAAAAGGAGUUAAGAUUUGUUUGAAUAUGUUUUUACAUAAAAUUAUACAAGUUCUCAGGGACUGGGAAUUUGUUUAGUACAUCAAUGAUGCUGCUGGUUUUGGCUGCUAAUAUGAAUAACGAUGUGAGAAUGGUAAUUGUAACAAUGAAAGGAAACAGGUUGCCUGAUAGGUUAGGUUCUUA